CGCUGGGCGCUCCAGGGUCUCACGCCAGCUUGACGCGUGCAGGACAUGGGUGGACCUGGACAAGGCUGGCCAUCGAUGGGGUGUUUGUAGGCACACUGGCACUUGCCAUGCACCCAGCAGGGUCCGUGGACAGUAGCUUCUCCCGAUCUGCUGUGCAGACCCUCUCCCGGAGCCACUGCCGCAACAUCAAACAAAAGAUCUCCCAGUGGGAGGGGAGGACACAGAGGUGCUCCAGCAAGGAGAAACAGCAGCUGAAGGACUUUGGAGUAAACUAUGAUCCCAGCUGUGAUGUUCUAUCCAGAGUAAAGCCAGAACACAGGGAGAAGAGCAGAAAGACUGGGUCCAAAGAUCCAAAGAGCCUGGGUCUGGACUUCAGGGAAGGUGCACGGAGCUGCUUACAGACCGAUGACUGUGGUGAUCUCCUGCGCUGUGCAUACAGCCUGGCUUCCCAAGCCAAGGAGAAAGGAGAGGGGCAAGCAGGCUUCUUGGACCUGGAAGCGACACUGCCUCCAGGUAACUUCUAUACCUCACAAGCGCUGUGGAGGAGAGUAGAUCCCCUUCUGCCUGGCAAAGCCCCACCAGGUCCCUCGGACCUUCAAAGGAAGCGAGGGAGCUGUGGCUCCACAGAAAGAGAACUUAAAGCCAAAGGAGUGGACUGUCUCUGCAGGGCAGAGAGGAGCGUGAAAAACAUUUACUCUGAGGCUGAGGGGCAAGAGGAGGAGCCAGCUGCUGUCCCACCACCCAAGCCCCGUAGGACUUUCCACUAUCUUGGAGAAAAGGGUGCCAGUAGCUGUAGCGAUGCCAGCGCUACCAGGGAAGGUCCCCUGCAAAAGCAGCGUGGAGGAGACUUGGUGUCAUCCUCCAACAAUCCUGAGAAGAGAAUAGCCAGCAGGAGGAUCAGAGGGAGAACCCAGAGGAAAUCUUUUGAGUUUGAGGAUGUCCAGGGCUUCCGCAACCGGAUGGGAACCACCAACUCCCACAGACUUCAAGAAGAGACAAAUGGCACUACAGGAUCCAGGCUUGUCUACACACAGUCAGAAGACAACAUCUACGAGGACAUUAUCUGUUCUGCAAAAGAGAACUCCUAUGAAGAUAUUGGAGCACUGCCCUUACCCCUGUGGAAGGUCCCAUCUGUCUGGAAGGUGCCACCCUCCCGAAGCACCAGGAGGGCUCCCAAGCUGGUACUGAAAAUACAAGAGAUCUUUGAUUCCAAGCGUGGAAAGAAGAGGGUGAAGUUGCUCAGUCCUUCUGGGAGAGAAGUGCCUCCAAUGAAAGGUGAAACCAUUGGGAACGAAAGUGAUACAGAAAAUCAGCCAAAAAGUCGACACCGGCGCCUGCUGCAGAUGCAGUCAGGCCCCAAGAGGAACCCGCGCUACCAGACUUUGGAGAGGGAUUUGAUAGAGCUCCAGGAGCAGUGGCUGUUUCAGCUGUUUGUGGUGGUGUCGCUGCACAAGAAGGCGUCAGAGAUGACAUACACACCACAGAUCAUACAGCAGUUUCCCAGCAAGCCUGAACAUCCCUUCAGACAGUCGAAGGAUACUGAAGAGAGGCUAAAGGUCAUUCCCAAAUUCUGCUUUCCAGAUCCCAAAGACUGGUUUCCUGCAUCAGACCUUAAAAGUGAAACAUUUUCUUUUGUAUUGACGGGUGAGGAUGGAGGUCGCUGGUUUGGGUACUGCAAGAAGCUCCUGCCAGAAGGGAAAGGGAAGCGCCUUCCUGAGGUGUACUGCAUUGUUAGCCGCCUGGGCUGCUUCAACCUCUUCUCCAAGAUUUUAGAUGAAGUGGAGAAGAGGCGAAAGAUGUCCCCAGCCCUGGUGCACCCGUUCAUGCGCAGCAUCAUGGAGGCGCCUUUCCCUGCUCCCGGACGCACCAUCACCGUGAGGAGUUUUCUGCCAGGAGCAGGACAUGAGGUGAUGGAGCUCUGCCGUCCGCUGGAUUCUCGACUGGAACACGUUGACUUCGAAUGCCUGUUCAAGUGUCUCAGUGUCUCUCACACGAUUCGGGUCUUUGCCUCUCUCCUGCUGGAAAGGAGGGUGAUCUUUGUUGCUGACAACUUAAGCACUCUGUCCAAAUGUGGCCAUGCCGCCGUUGCAACGCUUUAUCCCUUCACUUGGCAACACACCUACAUACCAGUCCUGCCAACUUCUAUGAUUGAUAUUGUGUGCUCUCCGACCCCAUUCUUAAUUGGCAUUCUCUCCUGCUCAUUACCACAGCUCCAGGACCUGCCUGUAGAAGAGGUUCUGAUUGUUGAUCUUUGUGCUGACAUGUUCUUGCAAGAGGUAUCAGAUGAAGAUGAGAUCCUGCCUCCUAAACUCCAGGCUGCACUUGUACAAAUCUUGGAAGAACGAAGUGAAAUCUUAUCACAUGAGCAGAGUGACAUGCCUCUUAACUCCCUGGUCUCUGAAGCUUUUGUGCAGUUCUUUGUGGAGAUUGUUGGACACUACUCCCUGCAUAUGAAUGUCACAGAAAAAGGGGAGCGGGUCUUUCAGCGGGAACUGUUCCGUAAAUCUCAUAUGUCACGCAGUGUGCGUCAUUUCUUGCACUUCUUCAUGGAAACACAGAUGUUUGCAGGGUUUAUACAGGAUCGAGAGCUAAGUAAGAACGUGGUCCAAGGCCUUUUUGAGGUCCGUGCCUUGGAGUAUUUGGAGAGCAUUCCAGAGACGGAACCAACCGCAAUGAACAGAAUCCUUCGCAGUCUUG